CCUCCUCUUCUUCUUCAUCUCCUCGCCCCAACUUGCUACCAUUGUAAACCGCGGACUUUCUAGCGACUGCAUGACACCAAGGUGUCUGCGUGACCAAGUGGAUUGAAUGCAACGAUGCAGUGGAUUUGUUACUGAAUGCUUUUAGAAGUUGCAAAACAUCCCCAUCGCAGACCGGCUGAGGUUGAGUCUCUGCACCAUGUAUCGGAAACACAGAAACCAGAGAAACUUAACUUCGAACCAUUACAAACAUUUGAUUCAUUGAAACUUCAUCCAGUGAAUCAGCCUUUUAACCUGGUGGGUGGCAGUACUGAAAGUAAUGUCCUUUCCCCACAUUCCCAGUUUCACUGUUCACCUGACCAUCAGCCAAACCAGGCAAAUGGGUUAUUCCCAUCUGGCCACAAUGAUAAUACCGGACAAACAUUUGUGGACGGAAGCCCAAUGUGGGGUCACCAAAGCCCUAUUUCAAAUCAAAACGGAUCGCCGUUCCACACACUGCAAGGACAUUCUCAGUCUAUGCAACAGAUGACGCCUUUUUUAACUCGCCAUGAUUUUGCACCGCAUCAGUCCAGUUCACAGCAGCAACCGCCUGCACCAGUGCAGUCUCAACCGAAUAUGAACCAUUUUGCCACGGGACAGAAAUCUCUAAAUCAAGGCAAUCAAUUCAUGGGUGUCCACGGUUCAACGUCAUCGUGUAUGACUCACAUAGGCCAACCGACUGCAGCUGUGAGUACAUCCAUCCAACAGCAUCCAGUUACAGUACAACAGUUUAACCAGCCAACAACAGCAACAGCCCUGCCUGUGAAUUCAGUUCGCUCUGUUAGAUUCACUGGUAGUGCCAGCCACCCUGGAUUACAUCAGAGCGUGAACUUUUCAGGGCCAUCCCAAGACAUGACUCCUUGCUCAAUCAACAGUUCAAACCAGUUUACUUCUCAGUAUUCCUUUCCUAAUAACAACCUAGCUAAUGGCAACAAUCUGACGUCCACUACAAUGCUUUCUACUCAUCGGAUAUCCCAGACUAUGCCUUGCUUCCCAGCGAGUGAUCUGUUCACGGUGGCAGCGGGCACCAACCAGGAGGCAGUUCAACAUAUGCUCAAUCCCAACAGUCCUGCUAAACAAAGCGUUCUUCAGCCUAUGCAUUCUGUAAGCACUCAGGGAAACUUUAGUCCUUCAAGUGUGUCCUCGGUUCAGACUGGCGUACCGAUAACAACUAGCCCUGCUUCUCAGGUGAAGCUUCCUAAUGCGCCGACACAAAGGAAACCCACGACUAGCUUUUUAUCUCUUCAAGGAAAUGCACACCAGCAGUCGCAGGCUCGCUCGGGACUGAAUCCGGAACACGUUUUUCAGAAGCAACUAUUGACGGCGUUUGGUAGUUCCAGCCUUAGCCAGGGGGAGUCCGUGCCUGUCCGGAGGUCGGUGGCCCCUCUGCAGCUGCUUCCAAAUGUGCAACAGGAGAUGGUUGUCCAGCAGCAAAUGCGACCAGAGGCAGUUUCUGCCACCCGGGCCCUGUCUCAGCAAUGGCAACUGUCUGCGACUCGUCAGCCUCAGCGGAUGAAGGGUUCCAUGCAGAUGGUCUUACAGCGGCAGCCUCCUUCCUCUCAGACUGCUGCUGAUGGUUCCACUGCACAAGCCGCACAGAUUGGCAAGUUACAGAAUGCACAGUUGAUGACCGAAACCAAACAGCUGAAAAAGAAGGAUAUGCAGAAUAAGCAAGAGAAAGCCAAUCGCAUCAUAUCCGAGGCAAUUGCAAAGGCCAAGGCACGUGGGGAGCGGAAUAUUCCCCGAGUGGUCAACCCUGCCUGUUUGGCUGGUGUAUCUGAUCGGAAAGAGGAUAAGAAAUCCAACAAGAUCAAAAUAAAGCCAAAGGAUAAAGAAUCAAAAAAGUCCAAAACUGCUUCUUGCUCUAAAUCAAAGGAUAAACGAAAAAUCAGCAAAAUCAUUAUCACAUUGGGCAAGAAAAAGAAAAGGAAGAAUGAAUCGUCUGAAGACGGGUCUGAUACUGAGCAACAUCCCACACCGUGUGUAAAGAAAGAAAGCAUCUCCGGAUAUCAAAAGAGACGUUCAAAUCGACAAGUAAAAAGGAAGAAAUAUAAUGAAGAUACUGGAAUGAAGAUCUCGGAUGAUGAAGAAAGGAAAGCUGCUAGGGGGAAAACCAAGACUGGCUCAAAUAAACCAGCUGAGCAUUCUGUACAGUUGUUUGUGGAAAACCCCAGUGAAGAAGAUGCUGCAAUUGUGGACAAGAUUAUGGCUUGCAGACUCGUGAAAAAAGAGGUGGCCUCUGGACAUCUGGCUGAGGUUGAAGAAUUUUUCGUUAAAUACAAAAACUACUCCUAUUUGCAUUGUGAGUGGGCCACAGAAACUCAACUGUCGAAAGACAAAAGGAUACAUCAAAAAGUGAAACGCUUCAAGAUUAAACAGGCGCAGAGAGGCCAUUUCUUUGUAGCUAUGGAUGAAGAACCUUUUAAUCCAGACUAUGUUGAAAUUGAUCGAAUACUGGAAUACUCAUGUUGUGAAGACAAAGACACUUGUGAGCCUGUUGUUUAUUAUUUGGUUAAAUGGUGCUCAUUGCCAUAUGAGGAUAGUACAUGGGAGCUAAAAGAAGAUGUAGAUCAAAGCAAGAUCGAGGAGUUUGAACGGCUGCAACAAGCUAAGCCUUGCCUAAAGCGUGUGGAUCGACCGUCUCCCCCUGCUUGGAAAAAGAUUGAACAAUCUCGGGAUUAUAAAAUUGGCAAUCAGCUCAGAGAGUAUCAACUGGAAGGACUAAACUGGCUGCUUUUCAAUUGGUAUAACAGGCAAAACUGCAUCCUUGCAGAUGAGAUGGGUUUAGGUAAAACCAUCCAGUCUAUUACAUUCCUUUGUGAAAUAUUUAUGACUGGCAUCCAUUGUCCCUUUCUGAUCAUUGCACCUUUGUCUACGAUUGCAAACUGGGAAAGAGAAUUUCGCACAUGGACAGACCUGAAUGUCAUUGUUUAUCAUGGCAGCAUGAUUAGUAGGCAGAUGAUUCAACAAUAUGAAAUGUACUUCCGGGACUCAGAGGGCCGCAUCCUUCGGGGAACAUACAAGUUCCAUGCAAUGAUCACAACCUUUGAGAUGAUUCUCGGAGGCUGUCCAGAGCUGAACGUGAUUGAAUGGCGUUGUGUGAUCAUCGAUGAAGCCCACAGACUGAAAAACAAAAACUGCAAACUGCUGGAGGGAUUGAAAAUCAUGAAUCUGGAACACAAGGUGCUUCUGACCGGAACCCCUCUGCAGAACACUGUGGAAGAGUUGUUCAGUUUGCUUCAUUUCCUGGAGCCUUUGCGUUUUUCAUCAGAAGCCACAUUCAUGCAAGAGUUCGGGGACUUGAAGAGUGAAGAACAGGUGCAAAAGCUUCAGGCGAUCCUGAAGCCCAUGAUGCUGCGACGUCUGAAGGAGGAUGUGGAAAAGAAGUUGGCUCCUAAAGAAGAAACUAUUAUUGAAGUCGAACUCACCAAUAUUCAGAAGAAAUACUAUCGGGCAAUCCUAGAGAAAAACUUUGCCUUCUUAUCCAAAGGCGCCGGUCAGGCAAAUGUGCCCAACUUAGUCAACACUAUGAUGGAGCUAAGGAAAUGCUGUAAUCACCCCUAUCUUAUAAAAGGUGCUGAAGAGAAGAUUCUUGGAGAGUUCAGAGAGCUCCGCAGACCAACCGCCCCAGAUUUUCAUCUGCAAGCAAUGAUUCAGUCAGCUGGUAAAUUGGUCUUGAUCAACAAGCUGCUUCCUAAGAUGAAAGCUGGAGGUCACAAGGUACUCAUUUUCUCCCAGAUGGUGCGCUGCCUGGACAUACUCGAGGAUUACCUCAUCCAGAAAAGGUAUCCCUACGAACGGAUUGAUGGAAGAGUCCGGGGAAAUCUACGGCAAGCAGCAAUUGACCGGUUUAGCAAGCCUGACUCUGAUAGAUUUGUUUUCCUAUUGUGCACGAGAGCUGGUGGGCUGGGCAUUAAUCUGACUGCAGCGGAUACAUGCAUCAUUUUUGAUUCUGAUUGGAACCCUCAGAAUGAUCUUCAGGCUCAAGCUCGAUGCCAUAGGAUCGGUCAGAACAAAGCGGUGAAGGUUUACAGGCUAAUAACACGCAACUCGUACGAACGGGAGAUGUUUGAUAAAGCCAGCCUUAAGCUAGGUCUCGACAAAGCUGUGUUACAGAGUAUGAACGGAAGAGAAAAUAGUGUUGGUGGGAUACAACAAAUGUCUAAGAAAGAAAUCGAAGACUUGCUUCGAAGAGGUGCUUACGGUGCAAUUAUGGAUGAGGAAGAUGAGGGCUCCAAAUUUUGCGAAGAAGACAUUGAUCAGAUCCUCAUGCGACGUACGAAAACCAUUACUAUUGAAUCUGAAGGAAGAGGCUCGACAUUUGCUAAGGCAAGCUUUGUAGCUUCUGGCAACAGAAGUGACAUCGCUCUGGAUGACCCUAAUUUCUGGCAAAAAUGGGCCAAGAAAGCAGAAAUCGAUCUUGAAGCUAUUCACGGAAGAAAUAGCUUGGUUAUUGACACUCCAAGGGUAAGAAAACAAACCAGGCCGUACAAUGCUGCUAAGGAUGAAUCGGCAGAACUAUCUGAAGCAGAGAGCGAUGGAGAGGAUAAACCCAAACUGCGUAGACUAUGUGACCGAGCUCAUGGAUAUGGUAGAACAGAAUGCUUCAGAAUUGAGAAAAACCUGCUAAUUUAUGGGUGGGAGCGGUGGAAAGAUAUUUUAUCGCACGGGCGGUUUAAGAGACGCCUGGUUGAGCAGGAUGUGGAGACAAUCUGCCGUGCCCUCUUGGUAUACUGCCUCGUUCACUACAGAGGUGACGAAAAGAUAAAGAGCUUUAUUUGGGACCUCAUUACCCCAACAGAGAAUGGACAGACAAAGGAACUGCAGAACCAUCUAGGUCUGUCUGCACCAGUUCCAAGGGGCCGAAAGGGGAAGAAAGUGAAGACUCGAAGCACUUUUGACAUGCAGGCCGAGUGGCUCAGGAAGUACAACCCAGAGCACCUACUGCAGGACGAUGGCUACAAAAAACAUCUAAAACACCACUGCAAUAAAGUUCUUCUGCGGGUGAGAAUGUUGUAUUACCUGAAGCAAGAGGUAAUCGGUGAUCAGCUGGAGAAGGUGCUUGAUGGUGUUGACGCUGGCGAGAUUGACAUUUGGGUGCCAGAGCCUGAGCAGUCUGAGAUUCCUGCUGACUGGUGGGAUGCAGAUGCUGACAAGUCGCUGCUCAUUGGUGUCUUCAAGCACGGUUACGAAAAGUAUAACACUAUGCGCAAUGACCCAGCACUGUGUUUCCUGGAAAGGGUUGGCAAACCUGAUGAGAAAGCAAUUGCAGCAGAACAAAGGGGGAACGAUACCUUUGCAGACGGUGCAGAGGGGGAUGGUGAAGAUCCAGAAUAUAAGCCAGCACAGCCAUUAUUCAAGGAUGAAAUGGAGGAUGCUGCAUCAUCUCCUGGGGAUUUAAUGAUUACAGACGAUCCUUUGGGGAAUGGUGAUCUGCUCUACUGGCCGCUUCCGUCUGCUUUAACAACACGUCUGCGCCGGCUCGUAACCGCGUAUCAGCGCAGCACCAAGCAAGAACUGGUCAAACAGGAAGCCCAAACCAAAGGGGACAAGAGAAGGCGACUGUGCGAGGACACUGUUAAAGCGAAGGAAGCUGCUAAGAUUGAGAAACAGCAAAGGUGGACCAGACGAGAAGAGGCUGACUUUUAUAGAGUGGUGUCCACUUUUGGUGUCGUUUAUGAUCCAGACAAGCAGACAUUUGACUGGACCAAAUUCCGAGCUAUUGCAAGGCUAAAUAAGAAGACAGAUGAGAGUCUGCAAAAGUACCUUUAUGCUUUCACUGCCAUGUGUAGACGAGUCUGCCGUUUACCACCAAAAGAGAAAGAAGAACUUUUCGACCCACCUAUUUUCAUACAACCUAUUACAGAGGAACGUGCCUCUCGGACAUUGUAUCGCAUUGAGCUGCUCAGGAAAGUGCGAGAGCAAGUGCUUCGCCAUACACAACUUGAUGAGAGGAUAAAACUUUGCCAGCCUAGCCCAGACCUGCCUGAAUGGUGGGAGAACGGAAAGCACGAUAAGGAAUUGCUCACUGGAGCAGCCAAGCAUGGCAUCAGCAAGACAGAUUAUCAUAUUUUCUGUGAUCCAGAGCUUUCAUUCAUGUUGGCUCAAAGGAAUUUCAGCCAGAGCAGAGUUACCCAGUCAAGGAGCUCCACACCACUCCUGCACCAUCAGUACCAGUCAUUGCCGUCGCCUCUUCAGGUGCAGCUCAAGCAACAGGAGAAGAAAAGCCACUGUGAGCCUGAAACUGUAAAAUGUGAGAAAGCGGCCGACGUGAAAAAGGAGCCGCGUUCGUCCGAUGACGAAGAGCCCGUGCGAGCUGAAGUCAAAAGCAAAUUGAAAUCCGAUCACUGGAGUGCCUCAGACGGCUUUCAAGUCCAUCACAAAUUAGACCCGAAGACUGGGAUUAAAAUGGAAACCGAUUUGGACGGCCACAUGGUUGCAGCAAGGACUCAGCCACUUACACCAAACUCUGUGUUCAACAAACGGAAACACAAGCGGCGAGGCUCAGAUCCCAGCUCGGAUUCAGACUCUGAUUCAGACAACUCGUCAACUUCGUCACCUUCCUCAUCAUCUUCUUCAUCGCGGUCAUCGAACUCUUCAUCUUCUUCAUCUUCCUCCUCGUCCUCAUCCUCCUCUUCCUCUUCCUCCUCCUCGUCCUCUUCAUCAUCGUCCUCGUCAUCUUCCUCGUCCUCGUCUGAUGACAGUGAUAGCGACAGCAAUGAUAAACACACCAAGGCAAGCUGCAAAGCACCACAGCACUUGAAGACCUUUGACGAAGAUAGUGUAGCAUCUCUCAGUAUCACGCACGAUGAGACACAGGACAGCUUUCUGCCAGACGGUGGAAAACCUGACAUUCAGUUUUUGCAAGAAAGACACAGGUUUGCUGCCUCCUGCUGGCCAAAGGAUCGAGUAAUAAUCAACAGAAUUGAUAGCAUAUGCCACUUAGUGCUGAAAGGGCACUGGAUUCCAUCAAGAAGAAGUUAUGAUUACAACGCUGUGACCUCCUCUUAUACAACAAAAUUACUCGAUAGCCCUUCAGCCACAGGAGAUUUCAGUGACACCGCGAUUGUAACAUCAGGAAGCCAUAGUAUUAAAGAAGAUAAUUCUCUUUUGUCGCAGUUCACAAAGGUGAAGAAGCAUGUGCGAGAAAAGGAGUUUACAGUGAAAAUCAAUGACGAAGGUGGAUUGAAGUUAACUUUUCAGAAGCAAAGGCUCACUCAGAAGAGAGCACUUGAAACAGAAGAAGGAACUUCAGAUCAGCAGCAUUACAUGGCACAGCUGCAUGAUUUGUAUUCUACUUCUGAUAACAGCCAGGAGAUGGCUGUAGACCUUUCCAAAUCUUUGCUGGUAGCCAGCAGCUCUGCUCCUCUCUCCUCCUCAGUGUUAUUCAAUGCUAACUUAUCUGGUAACACCCCUGGGCCAAUUCCUCAUCCUAAAUCAGCAGGUACUUCUCAUCAGAUAUCCAGACACUGCACAAAUGGAGCAUUCAUGGAUGGCCAGCCAAUAAUUAAGAAGAAAAGAGGAAGGAAAAAGAACGUGGAAGGCAUAGACAUUCUUUUUAUGAAUCGCAAUAAAGCACUUCAACAUAAAACAGAUAGAUCUGAGAUUUUGGGGGAACGACCAAAGCAAAAAAGGCAUCGGUGCCGAAAUCCUAACAAAAUAGAUGUGAAAAGCCUGACUGGAGAAGAAAGAGUGCCAGUUAUAAACAGAAGAAAUGCCAAAAAGGUGGGUGGCUCACUGGCUCCUGCAAUCAAAGACCUGGGCAGAUGGCUGCAAGAAAAUCUGGAUUUUGGAAUUGCACCAGAAUGGGCCGAUGUAGUGAAGCAGUCGGGAUACCUGCCAGAAAGCAUGUUUGAUCGAAUCCUCACAGGGCCUGUGGUACGGGAGGAAGUGAGUCGGAGAGGCCGACGUCCAAAAAGUGAACUCACCAAAGCAGCUGCUGUGGCUGCCGCAGCCAUGACAGUCAACCCCUUAGUAACUAAUGGACUCCUUGCUGGGAUGGACCUAACCAGCCUCCAGAGCUUGCAGCAAAACCUUCAGAACCUGCAAUCUCUGCAGCUGACAGCGGGGUUGAUGGGGUUCCCUGGAGCUCUCCAAUCCACCGGCGGUCUCCAAUCCACCGCAGGAGACAACAAAACUCUGGCUUCAAUGUUUCCGAUGAUGCUUUCUAAUAUGACGGGGUUGCCCAACCUGUUUGGCAUGGGAGGCUUAUUAAAUAAACCUUCAGACACUGGUCAUGGGGAUAAAAAGGGAAGCGGAAACACAGACUUCAAGCCAACAGAUGGGACAAAUGAAAGGACAGAAAAGCAAAAUGUGGACAGUUGUUGUGAAAUCUCUGUGUCGAGCUGUUCUUCUACUUCCUCUCCUAAGAAGAUUACCCCAGCCACAAGUGCUUCUGCAUCAGCAGCAUCCAGCAAUCCUCUUGCUAUUAAUCCACUGCUGUUGUCCAGCAUGCUUUAUCCAAGCAUACUUCUCCCUCCAGGCCUUAACCUAUCUGUCCCAGGUUUUUCUCAGACCAAUAGGUUUGACGUACAGACUGAUAAGAGUACAGCUGGAACCACGUCGAAGCCUGCCGAAGAGACAGCGGAACAGCAAGAGCGAACAGAGCAGAACACGUCACAGGAAAACAGCGGCGAUGAUGGAUCCGAGAAAGAAGCAUCUUUAUCCACAAGUGACGAUACAACUCAUCCAGAUGAUUCUGAUUCCAGUGAAGAAGACUGAUGUUGAAUUAUAUUUAAGCUUGCACUGGAAUUGUUUCAUUGUAAAUAGCCCAGUGACGAUUUUAAAAAAAAAUAAACAUUCAUUUGUGAUUGACUGAAAAGAAUUUCAGUAUCUAUUUAAAGGUACGAUGUAUUCAAUGGUACCUUGCAUGUAAAGCUGUUUUGGAAGGCUAGCAAGACAGACCCAUGUGUGCUAUUGGUGGUAACACACAAUGGAGCAUCACAGUGCUAGUUGUUAAUUUUUUUUUAGGGGAUUAAUUUUAAUUAAAACAAAAUGCACCAGGAGAGACGUAUAUUUAAUAUAUUUGGUGUGAACUAGGAAAAAUGAGAAUACCUUUAUGCAUAUCGUAUUAACUUACUGUAUAUAGAUUCACAACCUCUUUGACACUCAUUUCAGUACACAGAUCAAACUGCAGGAGACAAAGCAAUAACCCAGGCAGCUAAUGAAUGUCAUUGAAACUGUAGAAUAUACUGUGCAUCUGGAUAAAACAACAUGGCAACAGUCAGAACAGAAAUUCACAUUUUAUUGCUGUCGUGUUGUGAAGCAUUGUCGUUUUUUUUAAGAUUCAGGUCAUUUGGAAGAAAGAAAGCGUUUUCCAAUCAGCCACAAAGCAGGCUAUUUAUUUAUUACCUCAGCUGGGCUAAUUUAGAUGGCUUACAGAAAUAGACAUCUAUAAAUGCUUUUUUUUCUUUUUGCAGCUUUUGAAAAUGUCAUUUAGAGCAUUAUCGGCAUGGACUAUUGGAAUGAGCGCUUUCACCAAGCAUAUGUUGUUGCUCUUUCUGCAAGUAUUUUUUUUAAAAAAGGGAGGGUCUGUCUCCAAUAGGAUGUUUAGUAUAUUCUGCUUGGUCAUUCAUUUCAUUGCGAAUGAUUAGUCGCUGUUUCAGAGCUAGUCAGUGGAUAAUAGUGUCCAAAAAGGGUGCUUUGAUCCCAAACGUCAUUAUCUUAACCCAUUUGUGAAUAUAAAAAUGGCAGAUUGCAUUCCUGCCAAAAAAUAAAUGCAGGAACAACUCUAUUGGUCUAAUACAUGGAUACAGAGGGAAAUGAUGACUUUUAUUCUACAGUUUUCAGUGUUUAUUUUCAUUGCAUAGCAGUACAUUAGCUCACUGUAGCAAAGGUAAAUUAUUUUUUUUCGCUGCAAUGAAAUAAUGUUUGGCAUGCAUCUCAUCACCUUACCAUAGAACCCAUUGCCAACCUCUGUUUCAAAGGGGUUGGGAGCAUCCAAUGCUAAUCAAAUGAUUCCCCUAUUUACCACCAGCACCGUGCACCAAUCAAUGCCAAAAAGGCAGUUUUACCUCAUUUAUUGAAUACAGCAUUUGAACAAAAAACUCUCCUCACAUGACAAACUCACCAGAAAAAUGGAACAAAUAGAAUAUAGCACUAUUGUCAGUGCAUUGCAAAUGCAUUUUACUCUUGAGAUUUGCCGGUACAAUUCUGUUUAUUACAAUAUUAUAUACAAGGCAAGGUAUCUCUCUCUCUCUCUGCAGUCACUGGUAUUUGGAAAAAGGUAUCAAAAAUUGGGGUUCAAGUAUCGGAAUCAGACAGUGUUACACGCACAAUUAAAUGAGCACUAGAAGCAAAGGCUGUUAUGCCAUUUGCAGUAUUGAGAAUAUAUAUUGACUUCACAGCUAAAAAUGUAUUAAUUUAAAAACAAGACAACGGUUUACAAAGAGAGGUUUAACAUGCAGGCAUUUUAAAGCUGUAGUAUUCCUUUUUUUGCCUGUCUUUAUAGACCAGUGCUCCAAGCCCUCUAUUUUCUAUACAUUGUUCUCCUGCCAAGAGUGUAACUGAUUUCCUUCGUCUUUGUGCACUUAAAUAAGAGCAAAUAUUUUAAGAAGGGUACGUGCGUUGCAGAACAAAAAGCAUUUAAUGGAAGCUUGUUGCUUUGGAGUAGAUCUAUACAGGUUAAAGAUCACAGAUAGAUGAACAAUUAAUAGAUUUAAUUGUUCACACUGGUGAAACUAGGGAGUAUGAAUUGCAGGACUAUACACUUAACAAAAAUUGGCAUUGUGCACUUAAACAGAGCAGGAGUAUAAAUAGAGAAAUUCUAGCUUUUUUAAAAAAAAUGCUAGACGCUUGUGUAGAUUGUAUGUCCUCUCAAGCAGUUAGACAGAUGUAAGAAUGUACUUUAAAGACUUAUGGAUAACUGCAACUUUUGUAAGUAAUUCCUACAGUACUAGUUUGAAAUUCAAGUAUUCACAAUGAAAGCAAUUAGUGGUAGCUUUGAAGGCUGGAAUAUGUGGAUGUGGGAUGCUACUUAGAUUUUUUUUGAUUCAAUUUAUGUACGCCAGCCAAAAAGGAAAUACUGCAGCUUUAAGGAGCAAGCAGGAUAAGUAAGAAUACUUUAAACUUUUUUUUUGUGUAUUCUGUAUUGCUGAACUUCAUCAGCAUUAAACUAAUUAAUAUUUGCUGGUUUCUUUAUAUACUGAAUUGCCCCUUCUGACGGAAAUGAAACAUUACUGUAUAUAAAUGGGUCCCCCGAGGUCUACUUAUAAAGUGUGUAUCAUCACACUAUUAAACUGGUGAGAGCUGACAGGCCAGAACUUUCAGAAAUGUAUGUAAAAAGCCACAUUGUUUCCUUUUGCCUCCAGUUAUAUUUGAUAACCCUUUCCCUUAUUUUCACUGUCUCACACUAAUAGUGUUCAGAUAGUACGACUUUUUGGUGGUCCUGUUUCCAAUAUUUAAAAAAAAAUCCAAGAAGCUAAAGCUAUAGGAGGCAACAAUGAUAUAUAUAUAAGAUCUAUAAGAAUUGGUGACUGAAGAAAUGCACCAAUAAAACUUUGGUCAAAGCGAGUUUAAAACCACGAAACAUUACACUAAUAUAUGCUGCCAUUAACAGGAUCACUGAUGAUUUGGUGAAUUGAAUAUGUGUAUUAGUAGUUAUGUAAGACAAGCUUUGGUAGCUGCUCUGACCAUGUAUUUAAUUAUGUUGCCGGAAGCUUGGUGAUUAAAGUCUGUUUUUAUUUUGGACAAUUGCAGUACUUGCAGGUUGUAUUCUGUGUAGUCUGAAUUGGCUUUCUGUAGUACAAUGAGUCUUAAGUCAUUUGUAAUUUAUUGAAUUACUUUCUAUGAAGUUCUAUAGAGCAAAUGGAAGUUUAAUUAUUUUUAUUAAACCUAUUCUUUGACUA